UUUAUUAAAUUUGGUCUAUCCUCUAAUGAACUAAGGUCGGUAUACCUAUAAGACACCCAGUGUAAGCCCUGAGUCGCUGUCGAAUCGUGUAGGACCGUCAUCAGGGAUGGGAACCACAGUUACCCAAUGUUAGUUGUGUAUUGCGUGACCAGACUUGGAGGCUGUUACCCGGGGAUUGACUCUCGGUUACACGGGACCGUGUCGCGGAACUCCCAGCCAUGAUUCCGUGUUACGUGACUUCCUCAGAACAGAGCUAGACUGUUCAUUGAUAAAUCUGCAGAUGUCGAAAUUUUUUUUAUCGCGGUCUAUCUCUAUAAGUAGGUCCCAUUGCGUGACUUUAUUGCGGUUCUUAAAGAAAAAGAAUAUUGAUUAGAAACAAAUCGCAAGUUGAAGACAGCAGGAUUUUCUGUUCAUUUAAGUGAUCACCUCUGUUAAUGUAGAUAUUUCAGAGGUUACUUUGGAUUUUUCCAGUUCUGAUGAUGUCAAACUCGUGGCCUGAUCUGCUGUACAGACUCACAAGAAACGGGAAAGUAGAAAAAGCGGCGAUAGUGGACCAGCAUGGUCACGUGAUCGUCUCCAGUCGCGGGUUUAAUGUGACCAAAGAGGACCUUAACAGCGUCCGGAGUACCUUCUACGGUCGCCAUAAUUCCCUAAUGAAGGUUAAAGUUCACGGACAGGUAUACACGUGCUUCCGACACAGUACCCUGACUGACAUUGUGUUAGGAAUGGCUGGGGAGGAUAUAUUGGUCACUCACAGGGUGGCGGGGUUGACCAUUGUGGGACUGGGUCACGCAGCCACCCCCGGCUCCUGUUUAUUUGAAAUCACUAAAUUUGCUGGAGAAAUUCAGGAAAAGAAGAAAACCCCGCGGUUAAAGUGACAUUUUGUACAGUCUUCUGCUUAAUUAACUGUGUUUAUUUAAUCAUGUUUUAGCAAUAUUUAUAUUAGCCGCCAAGAAAACAGUUAAGAUUUCAGUAUCCUUAGGAAUUUAAUUAAUGGAAUGUCUCUCAAUUAUUUUUGUCCAUUGCUUUAAUUUAAAAUGACUAGAUUUAAAGCAAAAUCAUUUAUUUUGAAGAUAAAUUCUAGAGUGCAAAGUCUGGUAUUUUUAAAGAGCAAUUCCGCGAUCGUCAGGUAAUAGUACAUUUUCUAUAUAAACACGACCGCGUCAUUAAAGUCACGGGUCACACGGAAUGUAAACAUAAAGUUUAUCCUGUUCAGUUGUCGUCUGUUACGUUCAUUGACAUGGUCAUAUACAUACAUGACGAUCAGAUAUGAAGAUCGACUGUAGAAAGAAAACGAGUACUGAUGAUUAUCAAAUUUUUGAGGAUAUUUCUUACGAGACAUCGGAUAAAACGUCUCACAAGUCGCUCUUUGACCUCUACCUGCCGAAGUGUGGCGCGGAUCUAGGGAAUGUUCCUCCGAUGGUGGUGUUUGUUCACGGUGGAGGGUGGCGCCGUGGCGACAAGGACACGUGGAAACAUUUUGUGUUUCUGGACAUUAAUCUGUUGGCUGCUUUCAUUUACUGGUGCUAUGGUUUGUACGGGAAUGUAGGUAGAGAGUUCGCGAGGAGGGGGGUUCCAUGUGCGGUGAUUUCUUACCCCCUCACUAAACUGAAAACUCUGUGGCUGCUCCUAGAGCUAGCGACUUCCUACCUAGGAACUGUGAUAUUUCUAGGAGUAUUAUUUUCUGUGUUGUUUUUAUCGGUGCUUGUGAUAGAUUUUUUGACCCCUCUAGGCAUUGUGAACUUUGUGAUGUACAGACAUCACGACUUAACUGUGUCAGAUAUAUUUCUGGGUCAUCUUGUCUUAGUUAACCUUGUCACUCUUGUUGUGAUAACAGUACAGCGAUCUAAACACGAUCUAAAAUCCCACCGUCUUACAGCACUCUGGGCGACAUUUCUCAGUCUUCUGUACGCAGCAUUGCUAACCGAACACCGCCUUGUGACUCUGUGGGUGACUAGCAUUAUAUUAGUUCAAGGAUCGUUGCUAUAUAUGAACUUAAAAGCGAAAGAUUACACACAUGAGGACCAAGUUGUUGCUUUAUCAAAGUGUCUUAAGAAAGUUUAUGAAAUAGGGAGAUCCGCUAAUUACUAUGACUGUAAUUCUAUAUACUUGAUUGGGCAUUCUGCCGGCGGCCAUCUUUGUUCUCUUCUUGCUCUCCGUCCGAAUUCUCUGGAGGACGUGGGUGUUCCAUCCUCGAGUAUCAAGGGUGUGGUGGCAAUUUCCGCGGUUCUGCACGUAGAGAAGCUCAACACUCGUGCGGUGCGCCCUCUGUAUCUCCACCCAACCUUCGGCAAGGACCCGGAUGAUUGGUCGUCUGCCUGUCCAAUGACCCAUCUUCAAAACAAAAUGUCGUCGUAUCUCCCGAACUUUCUCGUGAUAACAGCUGAGAAGGACUGGCACCUUCAUCAGGAGGCGGCCAUGUUUGCCAAAGAGUUGGAGAGCUGGGAUAUUCACCAACACAGAGUGGUGUUUCCGCGGACUACACACAUGUCUAUCAUAUGUAACUUUGAUCGACAAUGCAAAGUUCUAAAUUUCAGUGUCGCCAGCCUCUGUGUUCAGUUUAUACAGCAAACGUGCAGCUUAAAAUAUCAAACACAUGAUUUACCCAAUACGGAAGAAUAAAUGUUGUGAAAGAAA